AUGAAGACCAUGCGGCCAGGGGAAGCCAACAAACGAGGGAAUGUGGUGACAGCACGAAUCGUUCCUAUAUUCCUCCUUGGCAUCAUUGGGUACUCAUCAUGGGUGCUCACGGAUCUCGUGUGCCUCAAGUAUCUCAUCCACCCGAAACAUUCACUGCUUGUCCGCCGCGAGACCAGUUCUGCGAUCGCCGUCCUCGUUAUAUUCUACCUUCUCCUGCUUGUCACGCUGACAUGUUUCGGCCGCCUGAUCUUGACGAUUAUAACAAAUCCUGGCCUCAUUCCGCGUGGGGAGCAGUAUUGGAUUGAGAAAGAACGGCAGCGGUCGAGCGGGAGGAGUGCACCUCGUAAGGAAGAGGCACUCGAGUAUGACUCGACGGAGGGAUAUACACCCCGACACCUCCGCCCACAGCAGGAUCGGGAGGCCCUUGGUUUCCGCGCUCAAGACUUCUGGCACAGGGACGUCUUCGUCUGCGGCUGGGACGGUCGCCCACCAUUCUGCUCAACAUGUUACAACUACAAACCCGACCGAGCACACCACUGCAGAGAACUCGGCCGAUGCGUGCUAAAGAUGGACCACUUCUGUCCCUGGGUUGGCGGAAUUGUGUCUGAAACGUCGUUCAAGUUCUUUAUACAAUUCACAUUUUGGGCAGCCCUGUUUUGCCUGCACACCCUGAUUGUCAUGGCGUACUAUUUCGCCCGACGCCGAAGUGAAGAGCCUGGGAAUUUCAUUAACGUGCAUUGGAUACUGACCUUGAUCUUCGCGACAUUGUUCUUCAUUUUUACUGCAGGCAUGUGUGGGUCCAGUUUGCAAUUCGCUUUCAUCAAUUCUACCACCAUUGAAAAUUUCACACGCAAGACCAAGGUCUGGUAUCUGGCGGUAUAUUUGCCGCCCAGGGUUCUAGAGCAUUAUCACAAAUCGAAGAGGACGGAUUUGAGAUUGAUCACUUAUCCGAGGCCUCCCGAAGAGCAGUUUCAGAUUCUCAAGCAGCAGGGCGCAAACAUGGGUGAUAGUGAUCAGAACGUUACGGCACAAGCCACGAAUGGAAAUGUGACAACUCCAACGCUGCCACCGAGGGCCUAUGAUCCGCUCUCGACCGCAACAUCCUCCCCGAACGAUGUCGUGUCAUCACAAAAGACCACAAACACUCCUCUCUCUCCAUCAGGUUCGCAACCCACCGUUUCAGGACCUACAAAUCCUUCAAAAAUGGAGACGCGUGUGUUUGCCAUCCUCGAAUCCCCACCUGGUGGUAAUCCGUUCGACAUUGGUGCAGGGGAAAACUUUAGGGAGGUCAUGGGUUAUAAAGUGUUCGAUUGGUUUUUCCCAUUGAGGGCAAGUCCCCUGCUUGACCAUAGUGACCCGGUGAGUAUGUAUAAACUCGGGUCUGUGGUAGAGAGCAUGAAGCGGGGCGCGGGGAUCAGCGAGGGAGAGGCUAGCCUGAGACAUAGGGGGAAAGAUGCAGAUACGACCAGCGAAAAGAGAAGCACAAAGUCCAAGGAAGUUAAGAAUGUAAGUAGGCAACACCGUCGAAAGCAUAUGAAACGCAAGCAUUCACGCCCGGCUGCGAACGAAGACUCUCGGGCGAAGCGUUGA